GGUCCGCACGUGUGUCUAGCGUGCCUUUAUAUUGUGCUACAGCUAAAUGUUUCCGAACGAACUAUAAAUACGUUUAUAUUAAAGUUUAACAAUUAUAAACUUACGUUAUAUUUAUACGAACCGAUAUUAAAUGUGUUUCUUUUUUGUGAAGAGGAAACGGACGUAACAUCGACUGUUAAGCUUUUAUAUUUUUAAUUUAUUGUGUAAUGAAUGAAUGACUUCAGUGCUCUUUCAAUUAAAGUUGUACGUAAUUGUAUUAUUUUCUACUUCCUCCGUAGAUUAAUUAGAUCUUGUAUGAAACCGGAACGUUGAAAAUUAAUUAAUUGUAUUUUAAUAACGAACAAUAUAGUUUCGCUGGAUGGAAUGUAUGACAAUAACUGAAUAUUUAAAUGAGACCAGAAAACCUGGAGGCCCCGCUACCUGUCCCGCGCGACGCAAAAAACAGCGUGUACGCUAUGAAUGAUCAGACUUUUCAUACGCCUUCGUUUGGUGACGAGGAGUUUGAUAUUCCGUUGAUUCAUGGACAACACAGCACUGCCGCCAACGUCCAGAACUCGCACAUACAGUACACACAACUACAUCACUCUGCUCCUCAGGUUGGUAUGAUGAACCCUGCACAAGAUGGACUGGCGCCGCCUGGUGGCACCCCUUCUUAUCAACAACCCCUGUAUUUACAAGAACCGCACACACCGGUGACAUCACACAGUAGCGCAGGUGCUCCAGCUGGCAACUACAUGAUCCAGCAGCAGCCUGGGGGCCAACACCGGUUGUUAAUGAUGCAACCCACACAGGUGAUGAGUGGCCCGCCCACACCAAGCACCCCAACACAACCAUCAGGGCCGGUAUAUGGCUCACCACAAAGAGCGUCACCUCCUGGUACCACUAGCGAUGACUCCGAUGACAGUGUACCCUCACAGCACUCACAGUUGCCUGGUGAUGCGGAAAGCCUUCUGCCUAUCCAUUAUUGCUCAGCGAGCCGGCAGCAACAAACUACGCUUCAUCAGAUGGGCAUGGGCCCUAUGGGUGUCAAAAGAUCAUCUCCCGAGCCAAUGGAGAAUGGAAUGAAUCGUGGGCAAAUGCAGAAAAAACCAAAAGUUCAAAAGAAAAAGAAGAAAAGAGAUCCCAAUGAGCCACAAAAGCCAGUUUCGGCGUACGCUCUAUUCUUUCGAGAUACGCAAGCAGCUAUAAAAGGACAAAACCCAAAUGCAAGUUUUGGAGAAGUGUCGAAAAUUGUCGCUUCCAUGUGGGAUGGUCUGGACUCUGAACAUAAAAGUGUAUACAAACAAAAAACAGAAGUAGCCAAGAAAGAAUACCUCAAAGCGCUAGCCGCAUAUAGAGCUAGCCUAGUAUCAAAGGGAGGUGAACAAGAUAACCAGACAAUGUACAACCACACAAACAAUGCUAAUCCUUCAUAUGGUAACUAUUACCAAGGCCAGUCAUAUGGUAAUGCUCAUUCACCACAAGGAUAUGUACCAAAUCCUUCACCGCAAGGAUAUUCACCACAGAACUAUCCAAGUGGUCAACAGCCAGCGGCAUAUGCUGGGCAACCACCACAGGGUUACCCAUCCAAUCCUCAACAAUCUCCUCAGAGCUAUCAAGGAAAUAUGACCUUAAAUCCUCAGUCUUACCAGGUAACACAUAUUUUAGAAUUCUAAAUUAAUUUAAAUUUGAGGUAAAUGAUUUUAGGAUGCCAACCUAACAUUGCCCAGUCACCAAGAAGCUAUCAACCAACACAGUCUCCUAACUACCAAGCUAAUUCGGGAAUGUCUCCUCCUGGAUACAGACAGGUCCAGGCACAGUCGCCUCCAAUGGGAUCAGUGCACACACCCAUGCAGUACCACCAUCCUCAACAGGUCUAAAUUUAUUUAACACAGGUUCAUCAAGCACAGCAGUACCAACAACAGCAACAAAUACAGCAACUUCAACAACAACCACAACAACAAAUGCAGCAACAACAGCAGCAGUUACAACAGCAACAGCAACAACAACAGCAACAACAACAGCAACAACAACAGCAGCAACAACAACAGCAACAACAACAACAGCAACAGCAGGAACAACAGCCACAGGCUACCUCACCAAAACCUGAGCAACAUACAAACACUAAUGGCAAUGCUGGAGUACCACAUCAGUCUUUGGAUAAAAAUGAACACCGAAACACGACAUCAUGCAUUCGGCAGGGCUGCACAAACCCGGCUAUCGCAAAUAACGAGUGGGAAGAUGAGUACUGCUCUAACGAAUGUGUUGUCAGUCAUUGCAGGGAUGUGUUUAGUUCAUGGGUGGCGUCCAACAACAGCAACCAAAUGCAAAAUUUCUCUGCGGUCAAAUAAAUUUAUAUUUAGGUGCAUAUCAAAUCCAGUAAAUGUACUCUCACAGUGAGUAAAUAAAACAUAAAUGUCUCGAAAAUCGAUAUGAUAUCAAUAUUGACAAAAUUACUUUAAUUCGUUUUUUAAUUUACUAAUUCGAUCACUAUAGUUCCCUUUCGUGAACUUUGAGGCUAAAGCUUUAAUCAACUAACAAUGGAUAUCGCACGUCUCGACAAACGCAGGACUCUGAGUAUAAAAAAAACUCAUCUUAUUAUUUAAUAUGAUAUCGCGGCCAAAUGAGGCAGACUUAACUCUUAGGAGUACAAAAACUUCAAAUUGUAGUAGAAAUAGUGCAGUUUAAGAAAUCUUUGUAAUGUUGUAGGUUUCUUUAUUUUAAAACUAAGACAAUUGUACCCGUGGAUAAACGGCGUCAGAGGAUAUGUUCCAACUUUGCGCUAAUUUAAUUAUAUCUUUACCUUGUAACAAAACGAAAAGCAGCUUUGUUUCAAAAUCGAUAUUGUUGUUGCUAGAUAGUUGUUUUUUUAUCAUAAUCGUGCCCGGUAGACGUAUGGGAAAUGAUUGGGGAAAGAUUUCUUAACGCGUCCGCCUGCGGCACAGAAAAUACCUUCGGUGCGGCUCACCACACACCGCGUGUGUCGCUAUCAUUACUGUUACAUCCAUUAUAACACGCUAGGCGUGUAUUCCCACACUCUUGGCAGGGUUUUUUUACAGCACAUUUGUGCGGCAUCACACGUACAGCCGUAGUGUUCACACUGGAACGCUAGUUCUAUGGAGCCAUACUAGCGUUUGGUUUACACCCGUUUUCAAUGAACUAAUUGUAAUAAAAAAGUUUGAUACUAUCCUGAGAAUAAAGCAAUAAAAAAGACAUGUUUAGAUAACAUCACGCGAGGGCCGCCAAACACACCUGGUGGUAAAUGGUACUUCGUUGAGCAAAACUUCGUGCUUCCAGAAACAAUGUUACCAGUUUAAUAUGUGUUUUCUCUGUUUAUUCAAAUGUUAAGAAUUUUGAUAAGUGGGUUCUGUUUUAGACAAUCCUGUAUGACAACCGGAAUAAAGUAACAUACUUUAUUCUGCAAAAACUUCGAAGCCGAGAACGGUCUUGUAAAUUGUAUACGUUUGUUAGUUUUAGACAUCGGAAUAGGUAAUGUUUACUUUUAUGCCGUUGGCUUUAUAUUAAAAUUUAUUAUCGUAAUGGCACGGAGACUUUUAUAGAACCAGGUAGCAUCCUGUAUAGAAAAAUACAGACAAUGAGUCGUAAGAAUGUACUCUACUGCAAGGGUGUCAAAGUAUAAUUUUAAAUACCGACAUCUAUAAAUAAUUAUAUUAAUAAAUUUAGUAUUGUAUUCUGGUGCAUUUUUUUUUUUAUAUAGCUGUUGACACGCCUUUGUGAUAUCCAUUAGUUAAUUCAAUUUUGCGUCCAUUUAUUUUAACAUUAUAUCAGAAGAAUUCCGGAGAACAUGUGACACUAUAAUAAUCUCAAUAUAAGUUUGAUAUUAUGGCUCACGUUGUCUAGUGUCUCAAGCACAUCAUACAUAAUACUCUCUCGAUUAACGUUAUUGACCACGAAAAACUCAAUUGUGCAAAAAGAAUAUCACACGCGCUGUUGUAUCCGUACCCCGAGAUUACUCAGUAUAUUUUUAGUUUUGAAUGACAAAUUACGCGAAUCAUAGUUUCCCCCACAUCAAUAAACGCUGAAUCUCCUUAAAUUGCUCAGAAAGAGCUUUUGGUUAGAAACAGCUCGUGUCGAAGUUGACUUAAUGAGAACGUGGUUGAUAAGCUUCCAAUCCGCUGGUGAAUCGACUAGGCGACAUACCGCAGUCAAACAUCUAUUGACAUACUUAAUGCUAUGGCGCACGUCGAUGCGGACCGCGAGAUUAUAGCUUUCGCCACAACUGUUCGAGGAACUCUACAGCUUUAGCAGCAGCUAUCUUUCAUAAUAGUUAUGUGGUGAUACGCAUUCAGCAUAGUAUGUAGAGUGCAUGUGAAUAAAGCCGAUCUUCCACCGCCAACUAAACUUGAAUUAGCUUAGCUUGCAUAAUUAAGCCAGUUUUACAGACAUGUGCGUCCACCUCAAACUAUGCCAAUGUAUAAAAAACUGACUCAAGUAUGCGAGGUAAGCUAAAGUAACUUAGCUUAGUUGGCGGUGGACGAUCGGCUUAAAUGUGAGGACACCCUUAGACGGCAGUGAAAACUGUGGUAUAAGUUUAUGUUACGACUAUAGAUUUUUCAAUUUAGUCUUAUCUAUUUAAUUGCGCUAAUAGCUCUCAUUUUAGUGAAAGCCGUUUAAAUUAUGACAGAAAUGAUGUAACAUGCAAAUAAGUAUAAAGUUAAAUAUAUUUUAUAAAUAGACUGCAAAUAUAUAAAAUUCCAAAUCACUUCGCCUUAUUAUAUGGAAAUUAGAAACGUAGAUAUAUUAAGUAUGUACUUUGAUAUAAGAAUGUAAUUUGUUUAAAAACGUUGUUAUAAUUUGUCAGUAUUUGUUGAUAUAAAUUGUACUGUUUAAUUGUAGUGUUAGUAAGGUUUAAUAUUAGUGACGAGUUAUAACAAUCAAGAGCUUCACAUGACAUCAUGCUGAGGUUCAUUAGAUCAAAGAUCAAAUUAAAUUUGAGAAGUAGCGCCUAUUCAUCAUACAUAAACUAAGCAAUUUACGAUGUCAUAUAUAUAGUGAAUAAUAAUGUUGAUAAUAUAACUCACAUAAUUCCAGUGUAUUAUAUAAAUCUAUGGCAAUAUCUUUUUCUAGGAAUUGCAUUUAGUAUGGAUAGGAUUUAGCUGGACCAAAA